AUGGACAGGAAGAAAAGCCAGUGGCAGAUGGUGCUGGCUCCAGACCCAUGGGGCCUGCCCCUUGCUGCUGAGAAGUCUGUGACUGGCCUGGGGGCCAAGCUGGAGGGGGGCUCUUUGCCCUGCCCGCCGGCCUGCGUGUGCGCCUCCGAGUCCCGGCACAGCGGCUGCGAGGGCCGGGGCCUGCGGGCCGUGCCCCGCGGCUUCCCCGGCGACACCCGGCUCCUGGACCUGAGGCGCAACCACUUCCCCUCGGUGCCGCGAGCCGCCUUCCCGGGCCUGGGCCGGCUGGUGUCGCUGCACCUGCAGCACUGCGGCCUCACGGAGCUGGAGGCGGGCGCCCUGGCCGGGCUGGGCAGCCUCAUCUACCUCUACCUCUCGGACAACCAGCUCGCCGGCCUCCGCGCCGCUGCCCUGGAGGGGGCCCCCCGCCUCGGCUACCUGUACCUGGAGCGCAACCGCUUCCGGCACGUGCCCGGGGCCGCCCUGCGCGCCCUGCCCAGCCUCUUCUCCCUGCACCUGCAGAACAACGCCGUGGACCGCCUGGGACCUGGGGACCUGGCAGGCCUGCCAGCCUUGCGCUGGCUCUACCUGAGCGGCAACCGCAUCACCCAAGUGUCCCCCGGGGCAAUAGGCCCAGCGCCCGAGCUGGAGAAGCUGCACCUGGACAGGAACCAGCUGCAAGGGGUGCCCACUGGGGCUUUGGAGGGGCUGCCUGCCCUCCUGGAGCUGCAGCUCUCGGGGAACCCGCUCCAAACCCUGCCAGACGGGGCCUUCCGGCCCGUGGGCCGCUCACUGCAGCACCUCUUCCUGAACAGCAGUGGCCUGGAGCAGAUUUCUCCCAGGGCCUUUUUGGGCCUGGGGCCCUGGCUGCAGAGCCUGCACCUGCAGAAGAACCAGCUGCAGGCCAUGCCUGCCCUGGCCCAUCUCAGCCAGCUGGAGCUUAUCGACCUCAGCGGCAAUCCCUUCCACUGUGAUUGUCAGCUGCUCCCGCUGCACAGGUGGCUCAUGGGGCUGAACCUGCGUGUGGGGGCCGUCUGUGCCGCCCCUCCCAGCGCCCAUGGCCAGAGGGUGAGGGCUGCAACUGCUAUCUUUGAAACCUGCCCUGGCAGAGCUGCCAGGAAGGCCAAGCGGAUGCCUGCCCCCAGGUCUGGUGCCAGGAGAACCCGCGUGAAGGGACGACGAUGACGGUGGACAGCAGACAAGGUGGGGGAGAAGGGCCGCCUCUGAGCACUGGAGCAGGCCGGCCCUGACCUGACCCUGCCCGGGAGGCUCUUACUCUCUUCAGGAACAGGAUCCGAUGAGAUCUUCUCUGCGGCCUGCAGGUCAUCCUCCAGCAGGGGCUUCUUGGACCCCUGUCUGAGGGGCCGAGUCUUGGUUGGUGGUAUUCUUUUCCCUUUGAAUAAAAACAGAAUGAAACCCAGCA